UGUAGCACACAGCCGCAGCCGGACGGUACGGGAGGGUAGGUCGGGAGAACGGCGAGAGACCGAGAGGGUGAGAUUGUGAGGUGAGACUGUGAGAUACUAGAGUGAAAUAACGUGAGAUGCCAGAGUGAGACGGGGAGACAGUGAGAUACUAAAGCGGUGAGACGGUGAGCGGAAGGCAGCAGCGGUGGUCGUCGUUGGACGGUGACCGGUCAGCUGAGGUCACGGCGGCGACCUAAGCACACAGGGGAGACACCAUGAGGUGUGGUCUCGCGGUGAUCAUAUCAAUGUUCGGGGCACUGCAGCUGUUGCAGCCGCUACAACCGGCGGCAGCUGCUCCCAGCCUGCUGAACAGCUCCGAGCGAGAUGAGCACACUCGAGCAGCCCUGCAUAGGUUCUGUCAAACGUUCUCCGGCCGGACCGUGCUGUGUGGACCGGCGAGGAGGACCAAACGGUCCACAGACGACAGCUGGACAGACAUCUUAGCCGACGGCACCGCGAAAAUGCCGGACACCAAAUGGUGCGGCGCCGGCACCAGUGCCACCAGCUACGACGACCUGGGGUCGGCCCGAGCCACCGACCUCUGCUGUCGGCAGCACGACCACUGUCCGGUGUCGCUGGAAGCUGGCGAGGCGCGAGGCGGUGUCACCAACACCGGGCACUUUACACGAUCUGACUGUGAAUGUGACGCAGCGUUUUUCCACUGUCUGGUCAAGGCUGCCACGGUGCAUUCACAACUAGUGGGAGAGCUCUACUUCAACCUUCUGGAGCCAGACUGUAUCGAGAGCAGCACUACACGAAGUGAGAGGCGUGAGGAAACUCGUGAGGAACAGAAUCAGGCCAAAGACCAAGAACCCUCCGAGGACCAGGACCAGGACCAGACCCGGGACCGGUCUCCUCAGCGGGCUGUGCGUCUGCGGUUCGUCCGCCAGCCGCUGGCCGGUCAGUUUCCCGAGCCACCCAAUGAAGAGGCGAUGGCAGACCGGGCCGAGGCGCUGGCCGCCAGGGCACUUGGUGUAUUCACUGCGGGGAGGUAGUUGGACUAUAGCGGGCGGACAGCGGAGUUCACACGGCGAGACCGACACCGCGGGGCCGGGGCAUUUGGUAGAGGAUGGGUGUGGAGUGGACUGUGGGUCCGACUGUGUUUUAGUUCACAAUAAAUCAGACAGAUUUUACACGAUACUGAUAUGAACGUGUCUGAAACAAUGUAAAAAGUAACUAUGACGAAUGUUGGUAAGAUCAUCGCUUCAGCGCGCCAUAUGGUUAAAUUCCAACGAUCCUAUACGCUUCGUUCGCUAUCUUGCGGCGGAUGAAUCGGAAUAAGGAAGAAGAAUAAGACAUUGCGUACCCGA